UGACCAGCGAACAUGUGGAAAGGACUCGGUUGUGCUCUACUCUGCCUGGCUGUGGUCCAGGCGGCUGUUAUCCGCCCCGAAGCGGAUCCGGAGGUUCCGGAAACCACAACUAGUGCGGUUAUCCGGGAUCAAGAGGGGGAUGUCGUCACCGAGGAGGCCACAACUUUGGCGGGUCCUGCUUUGAGUCGCGACGAGGAGGCCAGCAUACUGAUUGAUCCUGCCCCGGGCACUUUACAUGAGGAUAGCGCUGUGGCGCCAGAGAAGUCCGGGAAGCUCCUGCUGCUCAGUACAACACCCAAGCGAAUUCAUGAAAUUGAGCGCCAUCUCGAGGAGCAGGACGACGAGGGGGAGGACAACAAGGCCGAAGUUGAGGUAACCACAACUGAGCAGCCAAAGGAAGCCACGGAGCUAAAGGUGGACGAGGAGGAGGGCGUCACCCCUGAAAGUUUAACCACAGAGAGCAGCACAACUGCGACCACUACCAAAUUGUUUGCCAUCGACGCCACUCCGGCCGGAGAAGAGUCCCCACCACCGAACGUGGCCAUCUCCCUCUCCCAGGACAAUGAAAAUGCAACUCUAUCGAUUGCCGAGCAGCCGCAGGUGCCCGGCGACAAUAAUGCCGCCGUGGAGUUGGCCAUCGUGGAGCCGGAGGCCGAGUACGUGCUGGUGGAUGGCGGCCACGAUGACCUGGACCUCCAGCUGGCCAGCUUCACGCACAUCGACAGCGAUGCCCACUUGCAGCCGGUUGUGCACUCCGUCGAAAUCGUGCCCACCAGCUUCGAUGAUCCUUUGAUUGUCAAUUACGUGCACAAUUUGCGCUGACUUUCCCAAGGAGGCGUGCCAGGACGAAUCAAUUAACCCGGCGCGGUGGCCACGCGGACUCUGUUAAAGUUUCUUCUUAACUCGUUUUUGAUGACUUUUGUUACCUCUUGAAUAUGCUUAUCGAAUGGCUUGAUGAAUGGCCUUUAACGAA